CCAUCUUCAUCUCCACCCCUGUGUCUUAUUGUAUAAAGAUAAUCCCACAAGAGUAAAAACUAUUCCUUUCUCUCUUCACCAUGGCUGAUCCUUAUUCCAAUUUCUUCAAUGGCUGGUUCAAGCCCAACCCGUUUCACAAUUAUCUUAAUUCAUCCAGUAACCCUUCUUCUCCUCCUCCUCCUCCUCCUCCUUCUUCAUUCUUCUUGAUCCCUCACCCCGGAGACCUUCGCCGUCCACCACCAACUCGUCCUCCUUCCCCUCCUCUCCGUGAAGCCCUCCCUCUCCUCAGCCUCAGCCCCGUCAACAAACAACAAAAUUACCACCAUGACCUAAUUCAAGAACCACCUUCAACCUCCAUGGAUGUUGACUACGGUCAUCAGCACCAUCAAGUUGAUCAUAAUCUCGAUGAAGAUGAUCAUGACGUCACCGUUUCUCUUAGCAUAGGCCUUCCAAGCCCUAGUACUCGAGAUAUGGCCUCUUUGCUCAUGUUGUCUUCUUCCUCCUCUUCCUCCAGGACCACUAAUCAUCAUGAGAACAUUAACGACAAGAAAGAUCCUGACAACGACUACUAUCACGGAAGCGCCGGAGGAGGAGAAGAUGACGAUGAAGAUUCAGCCGGCGGAGACGGCGGAUGUAGAAUCAGUAGACUCAACAAGGGUCAAUAUUGGAUACCUACACCUUCUCAGAUUCUCAUUGGCCCUACUCAGUUCUCUUGUCCUGUUUGCUUCAAAACUUUCAACAGAUACAACAACAUGCAGAUGCAUAUGUGGGGGCAUGGAUCACAAUACAGAAAAGGACCCGAAUCUCUAAGGGGAACGCAGCCAACUGGAAUGCUGAGGCUUCCCUGCUACUGCUGCUCACCUGGCUGUCGCAACAACAUUGACCAUCCAAGGGCAAAGCCUCUCAAAGACUUCAGAACACUUCAAACACAUUACAAGAGGAAGCAUGGAAUCAAACCCUUCAUGUGUAGGAAAUGUGGAAAGGCUUUCGCUGUCCGAGGGGACUGGAGAACACAUGAGAAGAACUGUGGCAAGCUUUGGUAUUGCAUUUGUGGAUCUGAUUUCAAGCACAAGCGAUCUCUGAAAGAUCACAUCAAGGCUUUUGGAAAUGGCCACGGAGCUUAUGGUAUUGAUGGAUUUGAUGAAGAAGAUGAGCCUGCCUCUGAGGUAGAACAAUUAGACAAUGAUCAAUGAGUCAAAAUAGCUUAUAUACAUUAGUAUA